AUGUAUCUCAUCAUCACAGUGCUGCUCCUGCUCAUCACUGCUGCCGGGUUGCUCUCCAAACAAAAGGGACUGGAGCGGCUAUUCUGCAGCCUCAGAUAUCCGCAAGGUGCUGCAGCUUCGACUGGAGGUUUCCUGGAGUUGUCAGGUGAAGCAGCUUUGAGUCUCCCUCUGGUUUUACUGCCUCUGUUCCACAGGUGGCUCUCUUAUGAGACUUCAUGGGAUUUACCUGAAGCAGCAGCACAUGAGCCUGAAGUGGCACAAAGUGUAGAGGAGGAGGACAGAGAUGUACAGGAUGCAUUGAUGCAGUUAACGCCAGUCUUCCACGCCCCUUGCCGUAGCCUCAGAUCACGAAGCCCCGCCCACACCUCCGACUGCGGCUCAGUGGGUGAUGCGAGGGGAAGAAGCAGACAUGGCGGGCUCGCUCCAAUCAGACCAACACGAGAGGGCGGUUAUGGCCGGUGUACGGGCUGCACUUUAGUCCACACCACAAACGGUUUCCACACCACAGAUACCUCUGGCUGGGCCCUCACGUACUUCAAGUUUUGCCGCGACCACCACGUCACUAAGAUCGCGAUGAAGACACCAAUGAGGAUGCAGAAGACCUUGGAGGCCCCAGACGAGAAUUCUUCCAUCUACUUGGAAAAGCUGUCUUUAAAGACAGUGGAGCAUUUGAAGGUCCCUCUCUAUCUCCCCACACAUCCACCAACCACUGGAACACAUCUCCAAAGUUCUGCCGGGCCAGCUCAGCUUCCCCUCAGAAGAAGUGCUGCCACCUGCCAGAUGAAGGAGCCUUUUGAGAGGGAGCUGGCAUCGUGAUUGGACUGUACUUUGGUCUGUUCCAAUCCAGCUUCAGCUCCAGAGACGGCAGGCGGGACGAGUCAACGGAGGCCGGGUGGACAAAGGCAUGCAGCUGAGUACAAUCCAGAAAACAACAGAGGAGGAGUGCAGUGACCCAGGGCCAGAACAAACAGUAUGUCUCUUAGAAAACAUCAUAGUAUAGCCUUUGGUAUGAAAAACACCAUCAUAUACAUCGUAUAUUGUACAAAUAACAAGUCAAAGGAAAGAGACAUACAUUGUAGAAUUGUAGUAAUUCUGGGCUGACUGAUUUACUGAUUAUCAGUAUUUUAUUUUUUACUGAUUUACGGAAAUAAAUACGUUUAAAAAUGGUG